CGUAUAUUAAACAACUCACCCUUAAGUUACUAACUGAAAAAUCCGUCAAUUUAAUACCUAUGCAUCCAUCAACGCUCCAAGUCGUCCAUAAAUUUUCAAUAUCAAAUCCAAACUCAGCCUCACAACGAGUAGAAGAUGGAUAUUGACUGGAUUGUCGGUUGGUUUUUUACUUUCUUUGGUCUGUUGGGAAACAGCUGGAUUAUUUUCAUCGUCGCUAAAAGAAGAAGAUUACAGACGACAACCAACUGGUUCAUUCUUUCCUUGGCGGUGGCCGAUCUGGGUGUUACAUGCGGACAUUUUCCGGCGUCCAUGAUCUGCAAUGUGCUUGUGAAUACAUGUAACAACGACGUUCGCAUAAUAACCGCUUUCUUCUUCCUAGAAGCUUCCGCCCUUUGCUUGACAGCCAUGAUUGGAGAACGCUAUAUCGCUAUCGUGUAUUCGUUGAAAUACGUCCGUUUAAUGACGACCAAAAACACAAUUAUUAUCAUCGCGACCUGUUGGGCAAUUCCAUUUCUUUUAAUCGUUUAUGAACUCAUCAUCUAUCUUACCAGCAUCGAUUAUUACGCUAUAGGAACACCUAUAUUCGUUGCUAUUUACACAGCACUCCUCCUAGUUUUACCAACAAUACUCUGUUUCGGGGCACAUCUUCAAAUUCUAGUAAUUACUCACAAACGCUCUAGAGAGAUGAGAGUUCUUUUCAAACAGGUUAGAUUUAACGUAGAGGCAAACUCGGUGAAAAUAAUGGGAUUUAGAAAUGUUGGAAUAAAAACGUCCACCGUAAGGUUGGUGACUGCACUUGUUAUUAUAUUUAUAGCAUGUUACGGACUAGAAAUCCGUGCGUCAAUUUGCACUUACUUCAAUCUUUGUAAUGUAUCUGAUCAUGAACUAGCAGCAACAAAUUUGCUCCUAUUGGCCAAUUCUACAUUAAAUCCUCUUGUGUACGCGUUCCUUAAAGAAGAUAUCAAGAGAGAAACAAAAGCUUUGCUUUGCCGCAGGAGGGAACCAAAACUACGUCCCUUCCAGGUUCAUCCAUAG